AUGAGCAGUGUUCAGAGCACAACUACACAGACAAUCACAUCGAUCCCGUUGUCGACGCACUAUGGCGAUUGGCGUGACGACCUCGUUAAAAAUGGCUACACCGUCAUCAAAGCAGCCAUCUCUCCCGACCGAGCAAAGAAUUACCAGCAACGAGCAUUCGACUGGCUGAAAUCCUUCAACACCCCGCUCGACUUCGAGAAUCCCGACACCUGGGUAAGGGAGAAUCUACCGGUUCUGACAGAUAUCAACACUUUUGAAAACUACUCGGUCGUGCACGAGAAAUUCAUGUGGGACGCCCGCUUGGAGCCUGGAGUCUUUGACGCUUUUGCAAAGCUCUGGGGAACGGAAGACCUUCUGGUGUCUUUCGACUCUCUCAACGUCACGUUUCCCAACCGCAAGGACAAACCGAGGAAACCCUCCUGGCCGCAUAUCGAUCAGUCUCCCCUGAGAAGGGGUCUCCAGUGUGUCCAAGGCAUCAUCGCCCUGAGUAAGGCAGGUCCAGAAGAUGGGUCUCUGAUGGUGCUCCCACGAUCCAAUAAUCACGUGGAAGAAUACUUUGACACCAAGACAGACCCGAUGUCAUGGGACAAGAUAGAUUGGCGUGUAUUCGAUGAGGAAGAAAUGGAGUUCUUUCACAGCCAAGGCUUGAAGCCCAUUAAAGUCGAGGUCGAGCCCGGCGACCUGAUCCUCUGGGACUCGCGCACCAUCCACUGGGGGGCGGAGCCGGAGGCCGAGAGCAACGCCAUUCGCACGGUGAUUUACGUGUCGUACUCGCCAGCAGCCCUGGCGAGUGCCGAGUCCAUCAAGAUGAAGCAGCAAAUCUUCCGCGACCACGGCGCCACGACGCACUGGGCGCACGACAACAUCUUCCCGCGAGACUUGCUGGCCUAUCUUCCGGACGGCUCGGUCGAUCCACGGAACAGGAGCGAGCCUCUCGAGCCACCAGAGUUGACUGAUCGCCUUCUGAAAGUGGCAGGGAUGAAGCCUUAA